UGUCCCCGGCCGAGCGGAAGGCGCGCAGGGGGGAGGGGACGGGGGGUGGGAGGAGGAGGAGGGGUCCCUGCUCGGGUGACAGGUCCGUCCCUGAGGGCGGAGCGGGGGCCGCCUGCGGCACGGCGGGGUGAGGAGUCGGUGCAGCUCCAUCCCCCCGGCUAGUCCUCCCGUCCCCGGCCCCUGAGGAGGGAGCGGAGCCGCUCUCGCUUUCCAGCGCCGCCGAGCAAAAGCCCCGCCAUGUCCGGCCAAAGCCUCACCGACCGCAUCACGGCGGCCCAGCACAGCGUAACCGGCUCGGCGGUCUCCAAAACCGUCUGCAAGGCCACCACCCACGAGGUGAUGGGCCCCAAGAAGAAGCACCUGGACUACUUAAUCCAGUGCACAAAUGAGAUGAAUGUGAACAUCCCCCAACUGGCAGACAGUUUGUUUGAAAGAACGACCAACAGUAGCUGGGUAGUGGUCUUCAAAUCUCUCAUCACAACCCAUCAUCUAAUGGUGUAUGGAAAUGAGCGUUUUAUCCAGUAUCUGGCGUCCAGAAACACAUUGUUUAAUUUGAGCAAUUUCCUAGACAAAAGUGGAUUGCAAGGCUAUGACAUGUCAACGUUUAUCAGACGGUAUAGCAGGUAUCUGAAUGAAAAGGCAGUUUCCUAUAGACAAGUGGCUUUUGACUUCACAAAAGUAAAAAGAGGGGCUGAUGGAGUGAUGAGAACAAUGAGCACAGAAAAGCUCCUAAAAACUGUACCGAUUAUUCAAAAUCAGAUGGAUGCACUUCUUGACUUCAACGUCAAUAGCAAUGAACUUACAAAUGGUGUCAUUAAUGCUGCCUUCAUGCUUCUCUUCAAAGAUGCCAUUAGACUGUUCGCUGCGUAUAACGAAGGGAUUAUUAACCUCUUGGAAAAAUACUUUGAUAUGAAAAAGAACCAGUGCAAAGAAGGCCUUGAUAUAUACAAGAAGUUCCUCACUAGAAUGACGCGGAUCUCGGAGUUCCUUAAAGUUGCAGAGCAAGUUGGAAUUGACAGAGGAGACAUUCCAGAUCUCUCACAGGCACCAAGUAGCCUUCUUGAUGCUUUGGAACAACAUUUAGCUUCUCUAGAAGGGAAGAAAAUCAAAGAUUCCACAGCUGCAAGCAGGGCUACAACCCUUUCCAAUGCAGUCUCUUCCCUUGCAAGCACUGGCCUGUCCCUCACAAAAGUUGAUGAAAGGGAAAAACAAGCUGCGUUAGAGGAAGAACAGGCUCGCUUAAAAGCUUUAAAGGAGCAACGUCUAAAAGAACUUGCAAAGAAACCUCAUACCUCUUUAACGACCGCGGCUUCUCCUGUGUCGACUGCAGCGGGAAGCAUCAUGACCACACCAGCCAUUGAUAUUUUUUCUACCCCUAGCUCUUCAAACAGCACUUCAAAGCUGCCAAAUGAUCUGCUUGAUCUGCAGCCAACUUUCCAUCCAUCUGUACAUCCUAUAUCGGCUCCUCCACAAGUAGGAAGUACCUGGGGAGAUCCUUUUUCUGCUACUGUUGAUAGUGUUGAUGAUGCCAUUCCAAACCUAAAUCCUUUCCUUACAAAAACUAACGAUGCUGCUCAUCUGUCUGUGUCUUCUGAUGUAUCUACUUUCACCAGUAGGACACCCACACAUGAAAUGUUUGUUGAUUCUUUUUGUGGUCCUCAAGCUUACCCUAAUGCUUCUCAUUUCCGCAAUGAGCCUUCUUCUGUAGCUGGUCUAUUUGGAGGGUUCACUCCAUCUCCUGUUGCUCAACCACAGCCAUCAGCUGGCCUUAAUGUUGACUUUGAGUCUGUGUUUGGAAACAAAUCUUCUAAUGUUGUCCUAGAUUCUGGUGGCUUUGAUGAACUUGGUGGUCUCCUAAAACCAACAGUGGCCUCUCAAAACCAGAGUCUUCCAGUUGCCAAAGUACCGCCCAACAAACUGGUGUUAGAUGAUCUGGAUUCCACUUUAGCCAACCUUGUAGGCAAUUUGGGCAUUGGAAAUGGAACUACUAAAAAUGAUGUAAACUGGACUCAGCCAGGUGAAAAGAAACUAACAGGUGGUUCCAACUGGCAGCCCAAGAUUGCACCUACAACCGCGUGGAACGCUCCGACGUUGAAUGGCAUGCACUUCCCACAAUACGCACCACCAGUGAUGGCUUAUCCCGCCACCACACCCACGGGGAUGAUGGGCUACGGCAUGCCGUCGCAGAUGGGAGGCAUUCCAGUAAUGACACAGCCAACCUUAAUAUACAGCCAGCCAGUCAUGAGACCACCAAACCCUUUUGGCCCUGUACCAGGAGCACAGCUGUCUGCAGCAUCCAGCCCUUCCAGUCAGAGUCCUCACAGAGCCUCAGGAAAGGAUCCCUUUGCAGAGCUCUCUCUCCAGGAUUUCUUGUAGAACAACUUAGAUUCAAUUUAUGUAACUGUGUUAGAGGGAAGAGCAAGGAACGUCUCCAAAAAGAUGUGCUCACCAGUAACCCCCCCCACCUCCGGGAAGAAAAUAAAAUGGACUCUGGUCUCUCAAACUCUCCUCUUCCACGAAACGAUGCAGCGAAACGAUGAAGAGCAAUGAAGGAACCUGGGACAACUCCAGAAGAAAACAUCGAUCCGUGAUUCAAAGCCAAGAAUUGCCGUGAAUUAAGACUCAGAUCUCUCUCUUUUUGCCCUGGUGACUAACACCUCGAUACUUUCAGCUUCUAAUAUCCAUAAUCGGUAACGUAAGAAGAGAAGCCUUGAUUCUGGAAAUUGAGAUUUGAUGUUUGGAAAUGCCUCUGGAACACGGAGCUGGGUCCUUUACCGUAACUCGAAACAAGACUUUGGGCCGGGGCGGGGGGUGGGUGUCAAAUCCUAACUCUUAAUUCUGCAGUUACCUUUUCUUCAGUCCUCACAAACGUAGGCACAGCAGUAAUGGAAAUUAACUUUUUUUAAAAAAAAUUAUAUAUUCAGUUUGCAGUAGACAUUCCUUAUGUAUUAUUGUUUGUAUUUAUUUAUGAUUAUCAAUUUAACAUUAAUAUUGUAUCAAAAAAAAAAAGAAAAACAAACCACAAACCUCCUUCUGAAAAUGAGUAUGGAUGUAUACAGUAUGUCUGAUUUUUAUCCACAAAGAAUGAAUCUGAUUCAGAAUGCUUUUCCGCUGACAUACAGAGCACUAAAUAUUUUAAAGGUCUGAAUCUAAUGAAUUCUCAGUAUAUAUGGGAAUUAGGGAAGAGCUGUAAAAUGCAUUAAUCCUUAUAGUCAAUUCUGUGCCUAGGAUUUUGCAAGGGAACAGUUAACUGACUAGAAGAAGCACUACAUUUUUAAUUCAGCAUUAGUGCGUUGGGAAGGAACUUUAUUGCUUUGUGCUUGGCAUGUCAUUAUUUUUACAUUUGACAUUAUAAGGCCUUUCCAAAAUGAAUGUGAGGAAUUGCUUUCACUUUAAGACUUUCCUUCUUUUCUGUAAAAAAAAAUAAAAUAAAAUUGAGGUGGUGUGUGUUGGGGGGGGAGCCUUUUCAUUUGGCUUGUGCCAUGUUUCGGGUCACGUAUCUUUUAAAAUAAAAAAAAAAAAGAGGGGGGAAGUAGCUUCCUUACAUGUGUCUAGUGGGUAUUUAGUUAACGAAGAAUUAAAGUAGCACUGUUGAUCGGUGCUUUGUGUAAAUACAUCCUAACUUUGGGGUGGAGUGGGGCCUUCAGAAGGAUAGUCAUUAAUAUGAAAGCAAUUCUGGACAUGAAUUAAGCAUACUUGCUGCAUUGUCUCUGCAGAUUCUAUUUUUGUUUAAAAUAUUAAAAUGUACGUUAGCAAAAAUGGGUGGAUUUUCAAAUAAAAUGCAGCUUCCACAGAAACUUUUGUUACGGUAUGAAAGUCUGAGGUGCUUCUUUUCUUUUUUUGCUGCUUAAAAUGUGCACUGAGAAUUUGCUUUGUUUACUUAAUAAAAUACCAAAUGUAUUUGA